CGGACAAUACGGAGUCAUUGAUUAAUUUGGUCGGCUGAAAGAAUCUCCAUGCUUUCGCUCGAGAGUGUAGAGAGGAUACUUCAAAGUUUGAUUCGUUUCUCGUCGGUACUCUCUCUGACGGUUAAUCGAUAGACAGAUUUGCAUAAUGCCGGGUAUUGACCUGGCGGACCAGGAGGGAUGUGUUGGUCUGUUAUCGAUGCAGGUUCUCAUCUUGGUAGCGAUACACAGCUUCCUAGUCAUUUUUCGUUGUGGUAUUUCUCACGUACCGGCAUUUCUCGACUUCCUACCCGUACGCUUCAUUCGAGUUAAACCGUCGGCUGAUAUAGAGCUGCGGCCAUGCUUUGUUGUCUUUCUCUCCUCAACUAAUGUAUAUCACCCAGCCAUUGUCGUUGUAACUCUCAUUUGCCGGCGUAUUGUAAAAAUUCGUUAUCACAUUGAAUACAUAUUCGUCAUUUGAAAUCACCUGAAGAUGGUAUCAGUACGCCACCAACAGAAGACCUCAAGCCGUAUGCUUUACAACUCUAAGCUGCACACGUCGUUUCAUCUUCCGGCUGGAUUUCACAUUAGGACGAGUAU